AUAGUAUUAAUACUGAACCGUAUAUUAACAUUGCAUUAGGUGUUAGCCAUUUGAAUAGCGCACAUGUUUUCCAUGAUUUUUACAAUAAUUAUUGUUUAAAUCAAAUCAUUAAUAGACAAAAACCACUGGUAUUUCAUUUGACAAUCAAAUCAGUAAAUUAUUUAUUGAUUUGUACACUAUUUUUAACGGACACACAACCAGUUGAAAGAUGUUUUGGGGUGUUACACUAGAAUCGGGUAAACGAUACUCGCAGAGAGUGGAGGAGUCAUAUCACGUAACGAUGGCCGCACUUCAGCCGCCGUCGACCGAAGGCAACAAAGCCUCAAAAUAUGUGUCGGUCUUUGUUGAACACGACAAGAAUCAGCACAUGUUGUGUACACUGGAACCGAAUCGUACACUUCAGGUAAAUCUGGAUCUCAUGUUCAUCGAAGGCGAAGAAGUUACCUAUUAUUUGGUUGGAGACGGAACUGUUCAUCUGACCGGUUAUCUCGUACCCGACGCUUUCGAUGACUACGACGAAGAGGAUGAUGAAGAGGAAGACGAAGAAGAUGAGGAUGAAGAGGUUAGCAGUGAUGAAGAGUCACCGUUAAAGAUUAAGUCUAAUAAACGCAAGAAUGAAGAGCUGACGAGUUCACCCGAAGCUACAGACAAGAAGGCAAAGGUUGAUACGAAAGUUGUCGCCACCAAAGGUGUCGAACUGAAUAAGAAGUCCAAAGUAGAGACAAAGGCUGAAGUGAAGCCGGCAAAGGGCGCGCUUAAGAAUGAAUUGAAUGGCAAAAAUAAAAAAGAUAAUAAAGUGGCCAAUAAUGUGAACAAUAAAAAAGGUAAAGAAAUUGAAAGCGAAGAAGAGAGUGAAGAAAGUGAGGACGAGGAGGAAGACGACCAAAUGGAUGAUUCACUUGGAUUCAUAGACAAGGAAGCUGUUGAAAGUGGAGACGAUGAUGAUGACGAAGAGGACGAGGAAGAUGAAGAGAGUUCUGUCUUAACAGAUGAAUCAGAUGAGGCCAAAUCAACGCCACAAAAACAGCAACAAAAGGCUGGUAACGACACGUUUACGCCAUCACCUCAAAAGACACCACAGAAUAAUCAGAACCAAAAUAAUAAGCAAAAACCGUUCGGCAGCGGACAGAAGGGUGGCUUUCAGAACAGUCAACAAAAGGGUGGUCGACCACAACAAGGAAAGGGACAGUGGAAUCAAUCGGCAAACAAGAAUCAGAACCAGAAUAAUAAGCCGAGACAGUUUGGUAGUGGACAGAAAGGCGGUUCUCCCGGUGCUGGUGGUGGAGGCGGCGGCAAAUGGGGUAACCAACAACAAAAGGGACAAUGGAACCAAUCGGGUAAUAAGAAUCAAAACCAGAAUAGGCCCAAACAGUUCGGUAGUGGACAAAAGGGUGGUACUCCCGGUGGCGGCGGUGGACAAAGAGGUGGACCACAACAAAAGGGACAGUGGAAUAAUUCGGGAAAUAAGAACCAAAGAGGAGGAGGAGGAGGAGGUGGUGGUCAACAGUGGCAGAAUAAGAAGAGCCCAUUCAAGGCCUGAAAAGCAUAUUAUUCACACAUCUUUAAACAUAUUUAAAAAACGAUAACACACUUCACAUAUAU